GGCCGGGAAUAUGCCCGAAGCCUAGCUUCCAGCCUGUCUUUCCCUCAAAGAGGCGUAGAAUAGAUCGAGGACCCCUGUAGACUUCAACUAGGCUACUAUUUUAGAUUCGAGCCACUUCCUGCUAUUUUUUCUUCGCAAAAUGCCUAUUUCGUCGUCGCUUUUCCCCAAACACCAACAACUAAAACAACAGAAGACAAGAAAAACUCGAAAAUGGGCGUGAUAACCCUUAGAAAACCACAAAACACUGAGUUCCGUCAAGCAUCUUCUCCUCUGAUUCUUCUCGAAAUUAACUGAGUCGAUCUAAUCAGCGUUGUUGGCUUUGGCUGCAAGUUUUUGUUAAAAGCUUGUUUGUCGCACCAGCUGGGCUGCAGAGAUCGAGACUCGAUCUCAGUAACUACAUCAAAGCAAUUACCAUUUACCACACUUAGUAUCAAGAUGACUAUCUAGUCUUCCACAGGAGCACUUGACUCAUUCCAAUUGACUUAGGUACGCGUCGUCCGCUUUUCGAACCAUCUGCUUUAUCCUCAGGCUCCUUUUCCUGCCUCAUCUGUCGUGCUUUCUGCCAAUAUUUAUAUCUGCGCUCCCAUUACAGGUUGCUGACUUUAAUAUCCUCGCAGGUCCUACCUUCUUCUAGGUCUCACCUGGAACUUAAUGGACAUACAACUCAGCAUGUCUGCAGAAAACACGGAAAAGGGUUAGCAAAAACAGAAAGUAAUAAAAAAGUGGGUAUUCACCCCACUGCAACUUUCGCUGACCAUGUAUGGCAUCACGAUGACCUCAUGCUAACGCUUUCCAGUGGCCCUUCCGACCGGAGCAACUCAACAUGUUUCGAAAAGGGUCUGAAAUACUUUCCGUUAUAUCUCUCCCUCGUCCUACAUAUGUCACGUUCAAUAUACUUGUCGCUCUCCACGGAUGCAACUACUGCGAGAGUGACGUUGGUGCUGGCCAAGGUUCCAGCAAAUACCCUCGGUGGCUUCAUAGGCUCUAGUCAACCAGUGUUUGAUCCUUAUGUAAUAAAAGAAAACGACUCGGAACGAGGUACGGUGUGCCUGGGGUCUAAACCAGCUCACACUGAGUUUGGACAUGCUCCAAGUCAGAGUCAAGCAUGAUACUUGGAAGUCCUCUUCAAGGUACAAGGGAAUCAAAACCCAAUCGUUGCCCUGAAAAUCUCCCCAUCCGCCAUCUCGUUUUUUUGCCUUGAAUGAAUAUGAUGAUUGAUCCACUAUUACUGUUGGUCAUUGGUGAAUUCAACUCACUUUAGAAGAUGCGCUAACAGAUUUCUCCCAUCUAGUAUCUAUUUAACUUCCCCCUCAACCAUCAAAAAAGCUUAACAAAAAGCUGCAGACUAACUUUGAUACUUCACGCCCCCGGUAUGGGUACGGGCUUCAAUCCUUUCAAAGGUAUGCUCAGCUGCCUGAGAAUCUCCUCAGUCGUCAAGCUUCGUUUCCCUGUUUCAGUUUUCUUCUUUGUGCCCCAUUUGCUUCUCGCUGUUGUUCUUUCAUUUUGUCACUGUCAUUGCUAUCAGUCGAAGGUUUUGAAUUUUUUUUUUCAUUUCCAGGACCAUUUGGUAGUCAUAGAAUUGUUUCUCAUAUGCUGAUGAUGACUUCAUUUUAGUUUAUAUCAACGUGAGACUUACGCGUUUAUUGUUGGUUGAACAUUGAUACCAGCAGUCGCUGAUGGCUGAAGUCUCUUGUCCACUCGUGGCUUGACUAAUAGUAAAACCAAGGUGUGUUUUGCAUCCUUAUUAGUGCUGACCUGCAAUUCGAUUUACCAUGGAUGUGGAUUGUUGUUUUUAGCAAGCGCUCAAUAGUACCGCUCAUCAAAGCUGCAUGAGCGCCAUUGUGAUGUUAGCCACCCACGGCUUCUGUCACUUUGGGAUAUUGAUAUUAAAACCAUGGCAAAUGAAUACUCUGUUUCAUCUGACAGCAUGUAUGUGACGGGUUGUGUGUGCAAGCGGAACACUCGUCCAUGGUGUGACAACUGAGAUGGAUGAGAAGUUUAUACAAAACAAGGAGGGUUUAUUUGAUUCCUUCAUCACUUCCACUAUGCUAUUGUGCCAGUGGUAUAAUUCAGAGGCUUGCCUAUCAUAGCUUCUUAUUAGUCUUGACCAGCUAUUCUUGCUGUACAAUCAUAGCACUCCUUUUCCAACAAAAUGCAUUCACCAUGCAGCUCCGGGCUUCCUUGAACUCUUAUCUUUAUGUUGUAGCUACAACUUGAAAGACAAAUACAUCACUGUAGUUGUUUCCAACAUUCAAUCGUAUUCGAUGUCUAUAAUUUUUGCCGUAUCGUCCGAUGAUCGAGAGGUUCACUCAGGUGGGCCCACUUUUCUCUUCAAAGAAAUUGCUGAAAGGGGUUCAGACGAGAAUUCAAAACUUCAUUAUAUCCAUUGGCAACAGCGUAUUCAUUUCCCUUCCAAGCCACCACCUUUUGCUAUUGCUUAAUUUUCACAAUUCGCCGUACGAAUAACCUACUUUUUCAUUACCGCGGUGUUGUAUUGAGCUUUUCGAGCUUCGCGAUCGACCAAUACGGCUCCUCGCCUGAUUCAUUUCCCUCUUCAAAACAGCCUCGAUUCACAAUCUCGAUUCACUUAUAUCUUUUCCUAAUCACAUUGGCUUGAUACCCACUUUAUUUGAGUUCACUUCUCAACUGAAACCGCUUCCUUUCCCUUGUUUUUAAGGACAGUAAGUACCCCGCCCGACCUUACUUUCUCCUCCAACCUUCUUAAUUUCUACAACAUCUUUCCUUCGAUCUCUUGUACAAUUCAAUACUCCCCAACAAUCAAUACCUAUUUCAAGAGAAUCAAUACAAAUUCAAUCAGAUAUUCUCUUACUUGACAUUCCCUUUCUUGUCUACUUCCAACACCACUUUAUCUGUUCCUUUACAUAUCCAAUACAUAUUAUCGUAUCCAAACUUGUUGUUCGCUCUUCGAUAUACAGACAUUAAGUAACCAAUUUCAAGCACUUAGAUACUAGCGUGCAGUCAGUAUAAUCUUUCUAUUAUCAAUACAUUCUUUCAUGUUCAGUCACCUAUCACUCCUGUUUUCGAUCCAUUUCAAUAAAUAAUUCACCUUCAGAAAAAAUUGACUAACCACAAUUCAACCUUUAGAAGAUGGACCAAGAAGAAAUUAGUCACGAGUACGGUGCCGCUGAACACGUUGCGGAGAGCGGUCAAAUACAUUUGGCACCUCCUGAGGUGCCCAAUGGUCCGUACCGGGCCAUUUAUCGAGACUUCGAAGCAGUCAAACAGGCCAAAAAGGAGCGGAUCGAGGAAAGAGUUGCCGAUGCCAAUGAGGCCGGAAUUUUUGACGGCGCUCCAAACAACCCCGUGGACCAGCGGCGGUUCAUUGCAGACCUGUAUAAUGCAUUUAACUCCAUCGAAACAGAGGGCGAAGAUGCAAUCAUUGAUAAGCCUACCAAAAAUGGGAAGUUGUCCCAGGCUGCCUUAAAAUUCCAAACGGGUCGUUAUCCACCGGCAGCGAUUGAGGAAGUCUGUUGGGAGAUUUUCGUACGUACAAUCCUACUACCUUCCUCAACCUUAUCUAGAUCUAGAUACUAAUUUAGCUAUUGUAGGACAGAGCUCGCUAUGCACAAAUGGAUGUGAGACUCUUGGAAGCAUUCCACGAGCACAAAUUUGAGGGGACUUUGAUCCACUCUACAUUCGGUGCACGAUGGACAGCUAUUGUUGGGGCCUGUGCUGUGAGUAAAAACAUUCGAUGUCAUAUGAAACAUGUUCUAACUCGUUCUGUAGCGCUCCAAAGCCUUAUGUAAGAUGUUGUUGGAUGCUCCAUACCUCGAUCGAUUCGUCAGUCAUCCACAAGCCGAGCUCAAGGUACGCAAUCUUAUCCUGUUCUUUUAUAAUUGGCUGUCUCUAACUCACAUCUCUGUAGAUGAAGCUCAACAACAAGAAGAUCAAUGCUCAACGCGAUGAACAAAACGAAAUAGGGCGGAGUUUUCUCAGCAAGGGCCUUGGAAAGGAAGAAGCUGCAGAAGCAAUUGCACAUUUGCAUCCUGGAGAUGAAGAUGUUUUUGACAGGUAUGCUCAUCUCAGCCCUCGACAGUCCUCGACUGGCAAUGCAGCUGGCCCAACUACACCUCUCGCGCCAGUUCGUAUCCAGCCUACUCGAUCUGUCGUUGCAAACUCAACCAAGCGCAAGAAGAUAUCGGAGUCUGAGGACGAAUAUGAUGAUGACGAGGAUGAAUACGUUGAUUCAGCUGUUAGAUCCAGCAUAAAACCAAACCUCCGAACUCGUCGAGCUACUUUAAAGACCCCUACACGAUCGAAUACAACCAACUCCGUCAUGGAGAAGACUCCUCAAAGCAAGCGGGCAAAAGUACCUCCGACCAUCGCACGCCAAAUUCAUAUGGAUGAUAUGGCUCCUCCCAAGUCCCAAGCCCAAUCAGACGCUGAAUCCGAUGGGAUUUAUAGGACGACGAUCUGCAGGCUUCUCGGUCUUAAUCCAAAGCACGCUCAAGUCAUGAAAUACAGCUUGGAGGAUCUCAGAUACUAUGCGAGAGCCUACAAUGGUGAAUUCGGAGGAUCACCAUGGACACAUAAAGACUAUCCUGGGUUUGUUGGUCUCGAAUGGACUCUUAAGGAUGCAAACAACAACGAGUAUGAACAUUUCUCUCAGAUUAUCAAGUCAUUGGGGCCACUCGCUGCUCUACGUGGAGAUUUCGUCGAUGGCAAACUCAUGAAGAACAAAAACAAAAUGUUCGAGCCCAAAUUAUCAUCUGAUCGAGAAGCUCUUGGUGCCACUGCAAAUGCUUUUGGAUUUCAUUGUGGAUACCCUGCUCCUGUGAGCAUUAAAUCACAUGGAAGCCCCGAUAUGCUGGCCGAAAACUCUACAUUCUCUCUUCCUACACGACAAAAUGUUUCACAAAUGAAUGCGUAUCAACCCCUCCGCCAGGAUUAUUAUCAAGGUCAAGCUGCAUAUGGUCAAGCUGGCUCAUCAUAUCAGUCCUACAACCAGAACCAUACUCCUCAAAGUUACACAGACUCUCCCCACAAUUAUAUUUCGCCAAGUGGGAGCUACGAAGGUGAUGCAUUCCAACAAGGAAGUCUGGGUAGCCAGCAAACCUUUGCUCAUGCAGGUUAUGGCUCCGCAAAUUAUGGUUAUAAUUCCCAAGCUGCCGCUAUGCUCAGUGACGGUCUCCAAUUUGCUAAUCACAACAAUAACGCCUAUGCUUCCUCCCUCAGAAGUCAAAAUACUGGAUAUAAUGCUAGUCAUGCUACCCAAAGUAACUCAUAUACUUCCCCUCAACUUGGUCAUGGCGGCGGACUCUUUCCUCAUAAUCCACAUCUCAACGGUCUCACUUCUCGCCAUAUUGACCCACAAUAUCCAGAUCCCGAUGACUGCUCAAGUCAACAAAAACAACAAUAGAAUUCCGAGUAUGAUUUUCAGUCAUCAAAUAGUGUUCAGCUAAAUUUUGCUUUCUCCUCAACUACAAGGCUUUAGGUUAUGAACUGCUCUCUGAUUGUUGUGGUUUAUAACAAACAGGAUGGUUUCAACAACUUCCUUUCUACCACUUCCAAUGAAUUCUAUUUUAAAUUGUUCUCAAUGGACUUUUAAAUUUUAUCUUACAGUUUACGAAAUUUAAUCAUACUUCGACUCGAUAUUCGCAAAACUUCAAUAUUUGACGGAUCAUUGUGGAUACGAAUAAGGGUGAUACAUACACCUCUUUAAAUUAAUCUUGCUUCUUGCAGGAUAUUAUUGCAAUAACUUUAUUCUCUGAGCUUUUACAUCGACUCUCCUUUCUAGACGUCAAACAUACAUCUCCUCCACGCUCUACUUCCUAUCCGCAUAACCAUUUCGAUCAGUUGACCUAGUGAGCUCUGCUAUCACUUCUCACAUAAGAGUACUUCAUUUCCUGGAUUAUACCACCUACUCACCGUCCCGCAUGAGCUUCAUUCAACAACUAAAUCCACUGAGCUCUAGCAUAAACCGAAUCCUUAACGUCUCAAGAAUCCUUUCCUUCUCUGCAAAUUUCAACUCCCAGACAAACAAAAUACACCGCAGUAUAAACAAUCAGCACAAUAAAUACAGCGGAGUUUUCGAAUACGAUACCCAGGGUAUCUGCCAUCACCAUACAUUCUCAGCAUAAACGACUCGACUUUGCCAAAACUGUUUUUUCGUCCAGACAAGCAUGGUUUUACAAUCACAAUCACGAGCAUACCAUACCAUACCAUACUAUAACAUUGCAUAUGUAUAGUGUUUAUCAGCAAUCUCACAUCUCACAUCUAUCCAUCUCUCUAGGAUAAAAUUCUGGAAAACAAUACGUAACAAUAACAAUAAACAUAAAUAUAGCGAUGGAGUUGGAGUUAGAGUUGAAGCUGGAGUUGGGAAGGAAGGAAAAUAAGAUACCCUCUCGAGCGUUUUCAGGAGUUUUCAAGAGUUUUCAAGCGAUAUUUUCGGUUCUUUGUUCUUCGUUCUUGGUUCUUCGAUGGGAGUUUUCGAGAUUUCUUUUCUUUUC